AGGUACAGAUAUGGUGGUAGUAGAAUUGCGUUUUAAAUUGAACCCUCUGUGUUAUUUUAACAAAAAUAUUGACCAUUACCCUGUUUACAGUUUUUUUGCAAGGAGAUAAAUUUUUCUGUUGAAUGAGUAAUUCAACUGUUUAUUGUUGCCAGUAUUUGUGUGUGAGAGAGAGAGAGAGAGUCGCUGUGUUCGCCAGCCGAAAUGCACAUCUGUGGAAAUUAAUGCUCAUAAGUUUUCUUUGUGCAGUAUUCUUCUAGACUUGACAGGGACAGGUUAAUGGGUAUGAAUGAUAGCAGUGAGAGUCGUGAAGUUAGACCAAAAUGUAUAUUGUAAAAACAUUUUAAAAGUAAACAAGAAUGUUCAGAAGACAAUUCAAAGCAAGGAACAUUAUAGAAUUCUUUGAGCUGAUUAUGUCACGUCCUGAAGACGAACACAGUGAUAUUGGUGACGUCAGUGCCAAAACUGAAGAUUUUGCUGAAGACAGUGAUCAAGAUACAAGUUCCUGAGACAUUUCCUGAAAGUGAAAUAGAAAAUAUAUAGUGAUAAUAAUUGCAGUGGUGAAAGUGAUGAGCUGCUGUGAUCACUGGUUAAUAGUUGGUGGAAAACGUGUUACAGUUCUAUAAAAUCAUAUUUCAUACCAGUUUCUAUUCAACACUCAAGGAGAAUUUUUUCAAACCUGUAACUUUGGAUGAAAUUAUAGUGUUUUUACGUAUAAAGUUACUGGUGGGAAUAAAGUGACCACACAGUAUUAUAUGCUUACUAAUGAUAUCAGUUUGAGUUAGUUUCUCAUAUUCAUAAAAUGAAACGGACAAAAAAUCAAAAUAAAGUUGGACCUGAAGAAGCUAGGAUGGAUUCUGAGCUGUCUGAGAAAACUGAUUGUGAUGAUACCACGGCCAGCAGCAGUUUACCACAGGAAAACGUUUGCUACCAUUUGCGAAAUCGACCAAUUUUUUAUUUCAAUAACUGUGGGAAACAUGAUGAAUCUAUAUAUAUUUCACAUGAAGAGAAUGUCUCGUCAAUACGCGGAACAGGUUAUACUGAAAGCAAGAAUUUUAAAGGCUGGCCUCAAAUCAAUGUUAAUACCUUUAGCCAAGAACUACAAACAUUAUCAAAAAAUACGGGACGUUUUAUAAGUGAACCGACUAUUAUGAGACUUCCAAAUGAAAUGCUAACUAUGAUCUUCUCUUACUUUGAUGUGCGGGAGUUGAGCACUGCAGUUGCGCCGGUUUGUAAACAUUGGUACACUGUUGCUCACAGUUCUGUCCUGUGGCGAAAACUCUGUUUUAAUGGGGAUGGAAUAUCCACAGAGAAAGCCAAAUGUCUACUUACAAAAUCCCCUCUUCUGUCUGAGUUGAUCAUCUCAUGUAGGGACGACGUGGAUGAAUUAUUGUGUCAGUUAUGUAGAACUAAUCAACAUGUUCAAUCAGUGGCUAUAAAGCGAUGUACUAACUCAGAAGUUGUGAACUCUUGGGAUUGGCCAUUAUUGCGAGCGAGAUAUUUGAAUAGGCUGAUCAAGUGUUGUCCAAAAAUAAGAACCCUCAAACUAAACGAGUUAUGUAUUCGCAGUGACAAGUUUUUUCAUGACCUUGGCCUCUUGCUGCCCAACCUCACUUGCCUCCAUUUAAGCCUCAACCACUUUCUGAAACCGAAGCACAUCAAGAAUAUCGCCACAAAGUGUUGCAGUCUCGCUCGACUUUGGCUCAGCGGAGAAUGUUGCUGUGGUCGGAAGGAAGAGUGGGAGAAUGCGUACCAGACUUUGUUCCGGCAACGCUGGAAAACUCUCACGCACCUCCAGUUUGAUGCCUCUAAAUUGACAGAUGAUGUGUUCAAGGAUCUUUCGCUCUGUGUCAACCUGAGGUCUCUUCAUAUUCAUAAGGCGACGUACCUUUUCUGCGUUGGUCUGACUGCUGUUGGUACUCUGCCAAAUCUAAUAUCUCUGCGACUACACAAAGCGAAUCAUUUGUGUUCUACUACAUUACUGUCCUUGUUCCAAAAUAGGAACUUGGGAAUUUUAGUGUAUUUGAGUCUUGCGGGAUGCACCUGUAUCAACGAUGAUUGCGCAGCAAUUAUCGCGUUACAUUGUUCACAGAUUCAUUUGCUCUCCCUUGCUCUUAUUGAAGGCAUCACGGACAAGGGUAUCGAGACGAUCGUGAAACACUGUUCUUCUCUGCACUACCUUGACAUAUACUGUAUGAAAAAUGUUACUGGAACAUCAUUUUCUUAUAUUUCACAGUAUGCUCAUGAUUUAAAUUUUCUUGUUGUUGAAAACGUCUGUAAUAAUGAGAAAGAGGCAAAUUUAAAGGCGUUGUCAGCGCUGAACUCGAAUCUGAAAGUCCAUCGUAGAAACAUGUGGAAGACGGGUGGAAUAUAUGGGUGCAGGCUACUUCAAUAAAUUGCUAGAAGCGGCGCGUGCGGGAUAAUCGAGACUCCCGAGAUGGACGGAGUGGUGGGCAAAAAGAAAUUACACAGAUUUGAUCUGGAACAGAUAAGAAUAUGUUUAUAUACCUUCUACUUAUUUCUGAGUACGAAGUGAACGUAACUGCUAACGUUUUGUGUGUUCACUUUAUGAAUCUUGCUGAAAAGCAUCCCAAGUGAAAGGACAUGAGAAGUUACUGAAAUAAUAAAAGAUUACCCCCCAAAUCGUUUACUACUGAGAAUAGAUUGGUCUUUAUAUUUUAGCAUUUUUCAUCUUAUCAAGUACAGAAACCUGCAGGCAAAACUUGAAGAGAUUUAGAUGCGUGGCCAGGGUUGUAUUAAUCCCUUACGUAUUAUUAUAAUCGGUACGGUUGUCAGCCAUGUUUAAAUUGUUAUUUUGUUAAAAGUAUCUGGAAGAAGAUUUUGUUGAGUGUCAUGAGGUAGAUAUUCAGCCCUUAAUAUGAGUUACUGAAAUCAUUUUACGUAGUCCUUUAAUACUCUGGUUUACCACUUUUUCAGAAUAACUGUAUGAAAAAUUGAUGUGUGUUAUUAGUUACUUAAUAUUAUUCUUAACGUUAAAAUAAGCUUGGCACAAAUAAAUAUAAAAGAGAUUUGUAUGUAGGUUUAUUUAGUGUAUAAAUGGAGGCUUUAAAUACAAGUUCACAUUUUUUAAUUCAAUUACUUUCUGAAUUUCGCAGUUCAGAGAACCAUUCAAUUGAACCUGAAAACAAAUCUGUUUCCUAUUUAUUUUGUGUCAAGCUUAUUUUAACGUUAAGAAUAAUAUUAAGUAACUAAUAAUGUAUAUCAAUUUUGAAACAUUUGCGCUGGAAAGUGGUAAAUCAGAGUAUUAAAGAACCAAUUAAAUGACUGCGUGAUAAUUAAAGUAUUCUGCUAAAUUGUGUUACUCGAAAUGAGCAGACUACGCGAUUAAAUUUUCUGCGUAGUCUUGAAAAUUAAUCAGACAGAUUUGGUGUGUCUUGCAGCUUGUGAGCAUCUCAUCCAUGUAUUCAUUAUCCAUUUCAUUGCUUCAGAUGUCUUAAUUUAUUGGAAGAGUACAUGAAUGGGUGUUGCGGCUGUGCAUAAAUCAACGUUUGUUGAUUAUUAAAUCGUAACAUUCUCCUUUAAUUUCAUUUCUCUACACUCUUUGAGAGUUAAAUAUUAUUUCCAAGUGCCAACACCUAUUAGUUGAGAUAAAAUUAGAGGUUAGUUUUAUUUUACUUAUGUUCUAUGGCCUGUAUUUAUUUCACUUUUGUGUUAACUGUUGCAUUUUAUUACGCGUUUUCUAGUAAAAUUCACUGACCGCAAAAUUAAAUACAAUUAACAUUUUAUAAUUUAUUUCGAAUGUCUUUAUAGCCCCUUGUAAUGCAAACAGUCAUCUACUGGCCAGUCAUUCAUAUUUUGCUCACAUCUCAUUUAAUGCUAUACAAAGUAUUAUUAAGUGUCACUAAAUUCAUUUCUGUAGGCAAGAGUGCUGUAAUUCAGUCUCAUAUAAGAUAAUAUACAAAUCCCCCACAGAAAAAUAGGUCUGUACCCCCACGGGACCCCAAAAUACAGUGUAUUUUCGAACCACUACUGGCACUCCAAAAUCUGAACUGGUCUCGGCAUUUAGACGUCUGACUUGGCAAAGAGCACAGCAGUGAUGUUUCGGACAAAUGGCUUCCCUCAUGUCCCAUUACCAUUGCUCAAGUCUGCCAAAAUUUCUCCAGAAAACUGAUUAGAAGUAAUGAUUUUGCGCGAGCUGCUACAAGAGUUGUCAUACAGUGCUAGCUCUUAAUCUGGCGUUUUUAGCUCCCCUACAUCCGAGUUGUAGGCCCAAUGAGGUUCCUUGCGAUGAUUUUGCCGUUAUAUCGUAUUAGCUCGUGAAGGCUGUGUGAUGGGCUAGUGUUCCCAUUAUGUAGUUUGCCUUUCGCUAAAAUCUGUUAACGUAAACGCAUCCUAAGUUAUAGUGAAAAGGCUCUGUUACCUACUUUGUGUUUAUGGGUACCUGCUUUGACGAUCAGUCUCGAUACCAGCUGUCCUGCCUUGCGUUUCUCAUGGUUUCCCCAGGCAAGUGCUGGGAUACUACACAAAAAUGACCCCCACUGCUUCAAUCUCAAACAACCCAUUACCAUUACUAAUAAUUUUGCCAUUGCAUAAUUUCCGUAAUUGCAAUGAUUGCCGACUUUGAUUCUUGAUACGCUUGCAUCAACCGUUGCUGUUCAUCAUUUCUCUCCUUGAUGUGUACUUCCAAAUCAUCGAGUCGUUGCUCAGUGGGAAACUGAUUUGUAAAGCCUGUCAGUGGCUCAAUACCCAGAGCAUCACAAACCAGUUUUUCCUUCCUUUGCAGAUCUGCUAAUCUGCAUGCACGCGACUCUUUGAUUUGGCAAUAUUCGUCUAAGUUGUAUCGCAGAGUCCUUUCAACAUUGCACAAUGGCAGAUUUUCACAACCAGUUACAGGAUUCGCCAUGUUCAGAUCCAUGCUCAAUUCUGAUAUCUGUUUCAGAUGCUGUUCUAUCUUUGUUAUAAGUAAGUUCCUGUUCCUCUUCUACCAUUUCAUCAAACAAGUCAUGCACAUGCUGCUUUACUACCUCACAUCUCUGCUGUAUAUUUAAAUCGUCAUACCCACAAUAUCCCCAAAUCACUGCAAAUUUGCCCAUAUACAUUGUUACAGUGUUAUUAAUCGCUGUCCUUACAUCGUCAUAGUAAGUAGAAGGAAUAAAACUGACCAUGUUUAUGAUGUACAUGUAAAUACACAACACAAUAUAUGAGUAAAAAUCUUCAAACAAA